UUGGUCACAAGGUAUUGGAUUGCAUUUUUUCCUUGUGACAUAACUCAAAGUUGAGGGACGUAAGGGCUUCUCUCUCUCUUAAGUCAAAAACCUUCACAAAUCCGAUCUCCUUAAUCCCUAAACCCCAGAAAAAAGUUGAACAAUCCAACUCAAGAUUUCCCUGUGUCCAAUUCUCAAUCGGGGGAAGAAGAACAAAGGAGGAUCAUAUGGGCAUAGUAAGGAGUAGCUUCACGUUCAUGGUGGGCACAGCAUUCGGAGUGUAUGUAGCCCAGAAUUACAACGUUCCGAACAUUCGAAAGCUAUUCAACACUGGCGUUCUGAUCGCGACUCAUAUAGAGGAGAAUUACCGAAAGCCCAAGAAACGUGACGAUGAUGAGUGAAGCCGGAGGCUUUACUUAGUUUUCAAUUUUCACAUACGCCUACCAGGUGUUUCUGGUAUUGGCUGUUAAAUAUUGUUUAACAUUUUAAAUUUUUGGGAUUCUUUCCAAAGAUUGACAAAGGGUCCCUUUUAGACUUUUUAUGAACCUGUUUGAAAGAGUUGGUGGUUCUGAAGAUAUCGAAAUUUGAAAAUAUUUUCUAUUGUUGUUGUUAACUAGUGAGGUCGAACUAGUUGAUAUUCUGAUA